UCCAUCUUCCCCUUCCCAUGGCCUCUUUGGCUUAAACCCCCAGAACCUUCCCUCCCCAGCCGCUCUGGUCCCAGUGCCCCCCAGCCGGGCAGGACCCUGCCGCGGGGAUGCUGCUGCCCCCAGCUGGGUGCUGGUGGUCUGGGGCAGGACCCCCCGCGGGCUUUGCUGGGGGGUGGCCGAGGGCUGGAGCGCCGCCAGCUCGUCCCAGGUGCCCGCGGCUCAAGUGCCAGCCGGGAGCUGCCUCUGGCUGUCACCCGAUGCCCGCCGGCUCCGGAGCCUGCCCCCGGGGCUAUAUAAGGAGCACGGAGCCGGAGCGGAGGGGAGGGGACGGCUGCGGGCAGCAGGAGCUGAGGCGGUGCCGGAGGUCGCUGAGCUCCUUCCUCCACCGCCACCAUGGUGGGUCUGAAGCCCCCCGAGGUGCCCCCCCCGCCCGCCGCCAAGUUCCUCUGCGCCGGCACCGCUGCCUGCAUCGCAGAUCUCUGCACCUUCCCCCUGGACACCGCCAAAGUGCGGCUGCAGCUUCAUCCCCUCCUUCCUGCGCCUGAGCUGCUGGAACGUGGUCAUGUUCAUCUCCUACGAGCAGCUGCAGAGGGCAGUGGUGCUGGUCAGAGCAGCCCCGUCCUGACCCAGCCCCUCCCCAGCCCCUGCUCGUCAGCCUCGGCGAGGCCCAGCAGUUAAUUACAUUAAUUAACGGAGCCGUGAGAAGAGCACCGACGCCCAGCCCGGCCGGAGGAGAAGUGAGGAAGGAAGUUUGUGGAGGGAGGUGGCAGGAGGAAGGUUUGCAGAGAGCCAGUCUGAGGUUGGAGGUUCUCCAGAAGGUGACCAGAGGUGGGAUGGGGGGGAUGUGAUUCCUGUUAUUCCUUAGGGAUGCUUCCAAUAAACCACCCCUAUGGGGUCUGAUAGAU